AGUAUCGUGUGCAAAAAAUAUUGAAUAAAAGGGCGUAGUUGAGUAUUUGAGAGACAUUUUUGUAUAUGUACAAUUUGAGAUCAUCAAUUUAAGACAAAAUGCCGAAGUGUCCGACUUGCGCUAAAGAAGUUUACUUUGCUGUUAAACUAAGUGAAAAAUUGAUUAUGACACAGAAAAAAUUAAGAGAGAAAGAUAGCGAGACUGAAAAAGUCACCUCUAUGGGCAAAGAUUUUCAUCGUCCUUGCUUGAAAUGUCUCAAGUGUGGCAAGACGUUAUCUUCUGGAAGUCAUGCUGUACAUGAUGACAAACCCUAUUGUCAUAAACCGUGUUAUGCAGCACUUUUUGGACCAAAAGGUUUCGGACACGGAGGAGCUGAGAGUCAUAAGUAUUGA